AAUGCCUUCAUAUAACAUUGUCGUCUUUGCCGGUGACCACUGCGGUCCUGAGAUCCUCAAGGUGAUCGAGAAGGAGGCCAAGGACAUUUCCUUCAACUUCAACGAGCAACCGCUAGGUGGUGUACGUCUCUCCCCUCUCAGUCAACCACGACAGAAGCUGACAUUCUACAGGNCUUCAAUCGACGCACACGGUAUUCCUCUUACCGACGAGGCUCUCAGCGCCGCAAAGUCUGCCGAUGCCGUCCUUCUCGGUGCCAUUGGCGGUCCUGUACGUUCUUCACCAAGUCUUCCUCGCCAACCACACCGUCUGACAAGAAAUAACAGANAAUGGGGUACUGGUGCAGUCCGUCCCGAGCAGGGUCUUCUCAAGUUGCGCAAGGAGAUGGGCACAUUCGGCAACCUCAGACCUUGCUUCUUCGCUUCUGACUCCCUCAUCGAGGGCUCACCACUCAAGGCCGAGGUCUGCCGUGGUGUCAACUUUAACAUUGUCCGUGAAUUGACUGGUGGUAUCUACUUCGGUGACCGCACCGAGGACGACGGUUCAGGUUACGCCAUGGACACCGAGCCCUACUCGCGCCCCGAGAUCGAGCGCAUCACCCGUCUGGCCGCCAACCUCGCCCUUGCCGAGAACCCUCCAGCUCCCGUUUGGUCUUUGGACAAGGCCAACGUGCUCGCCACCAGCAGACUGUGGAGAAAGGUCGUCACCGAGGUCAUGGAGAAGGAGUUCCCUCAGUUGCAGAUUGGUCACCAGCUCAUUGACAGCGCUGCCAUGAUCAUGGUCAAGAACCCCCGUGCCCUCAACGGUGUCAUUGUCACCAGCAACUUGUUCGGCGACAUCAUCUCAGACGAGGCUUCCGUAAUUCCCGGCAGCUUGGGUCUUUUGCCCAGUGCUUCGCUCAGUGGUGUCCCUGAUGGCAAGAGCAAGUGCAAUGGUAUCUACGAGCCCAUCCACGGUAUGCUUCCUGAACCCCUCNGAUCCGCACCCGAUAUCUCCGGCAAGGGCAUCGUCAACCCCGUCGCCAUGCUCCUUUCCGUCGGCAUGAUGCUCAAGUACUCGCUCCAAGAGCCCGAGCUCGCCAAGUCGGUCGACGAAGCCGUCAGAAUUGUCAUCGAGCAAGGCAUCAAGACCGGCGACAUUGGCGGCAAGGCAAAGACCGCAGAGGUCGGCGAUGCCGUUGCCAGCGAGUUGGCCAAGCUCCUCAAGAAG